UGAGACUAGCGAGUAGCAGUAGGUAAGCAUCUAGGAGGGGGGUCAUAGGAAAGCCUCCACUAUGGAAAUAACGAGGGCAAUAUUGUGCCCGCGGAGUGCGAGAAAGGAGUAGCUACUCCCGUGUCAUCGUACGCCGAGGCAGUAUAUAUAGACCCAAGGAGACAUUUCUCUCCCGAUCGACUAUCCAGUCAACACCAGCUCUUCAGCAGUCUCCAACCAGCCAGAACAACAACAACAACAACAACUACUACUACUACUACUACUCUAUCUCGUAGCAUAACCUUCAUCUCGCACCACCAACACCCAACCAAAGACACCAGACCCAAACCCCCAAAAAGCACAACCGCAAAAAAAAACAAAAUGAAGUCCCUCACCACAGCCCUCCUAACCCUCCUCCUGACCGCCGCCCCAGCCCUCUCCUACACGGGCGACAUGACCUACUACACCCCCGGGCUCGGCGCCUGCGGCAAGAGCAACCACGACACGGACCACAUCGUCGCGCUGUCCCCCGCCGAGUACGGGCACGACGCCAACCCCAACAAGGCCAAGGUCUGCGGCCGGCGCAUCACCAUCCGCUACGCCGGCAAGACCGCCUCCGCCACCGUCGUCGACAAGUGCCCCGGCUGCGCCAGCGGCAGCAUCGACGUCUCCCCCGCCGUCUUCAAGCAGCUGGCCCCCCUGGACAAGGGGAGGGUGAGGGUGACGUGGGGGUUCGCCGGCAGCGCCGUCGUGAACGUCGAGGACCUCGGGGCCGGGGAGGUGAGGAUGGCGCUGGUGGAGGGGGGCGAGGAGGUCAAUGAGGAGUAUGAGGCUUUUGUGGAUGCGCCGGUUAGCAAUGAGUUGUAAGGAGAGAGGGGGAGUGUAGAUUAUUGGUGGAGGUAGAGGUUGGGGUUGGAUGUUGAUGUGAAAAGGGGGCUGAGUUGCUGAGGUUGAUGUUGGAAGAAGGGGAGACUGGCUGGAUUAGUGUGUAAGAGGGGAGAAAGAGGUGGAAGGGGGUUAGCUUAAGAACGGUUCAUUUAAUUCAUCACCAUACUUG